AUGAGAGAUGCUGUACUUCAUACUAUGCUGGUCUGCUUUGGGGUGAUAUCAGCUCAGGAUUGGAAAGAUGUUGGAAACUGUGGAGCUGGAUUAGCCUGUGGCCCGGAUUAUCAGCUGCUUUGCCUUGAGAUGCAUAAUUAUUAUAGAACACAACAUAAUUUGCCGCCUUUGAAAUGCGAACCGGAACUGCCAACAUCAGCCCAGACGUGGACUGUUCAACAGGCAGCAGAUGGCAAAAUGUACCACUCAGAAUGGACAGACAAGUUUACGGAGAGCAUUUCUUGGAAAGGCUGGGGAUGGGAAGGAAUGUGGAAGAUGGAGGGAGGCAAACCAGCGGCGGUAAGAGGUUGGUAUUCUGAAAUCAAGAAUAGCAACUAUAACUACAAAACUGGCAAAGCUUCCAGCACUGUUGGGCAUUUUCAAGCGGUAGUGUGGAAAGGAGAGACAAAGCUAGGAUGCGGGCUCACCAUCAAACCGAAUGAUGCGCUUACGUCGCUGCACAUUACGCUCCACCCCCUCAUACGAGCAUGGACAGGGAGAAACUAA